UCAUUUGAUUUGGGUGUCGCUUUGCCACCACAUAUAAGACUUCUGUUACAGUUGAUUUAGCUCUUUCUCUGCGGUUUCACAGGCAUUUCUGUUGACUUUUAGCAGAUGAUAUUUUUUUGUGUGAUGACAUGGCUUAUCCAUAGAUGCAGUACGUCACUGAGUAUUGUCAGAUGCAGGCAAACAUCAACCCAGGCUUCUACCUGUUGAUUAUGAGAUUCCUAAAGACAUGACCACGAAGGAGGACGACCGCCCCCAUGUCCGAUUUAGUAUGCUUCAAUUAGAUAUCAAUGAAAAUGGACUUCCAGACAAUGCUACGGCCAAACGUGCCAAAGCCUCUCGUCGACUCAUGCUGGUGGUGAUCGUGUGUGUUCUAGCUGCCGUCAUUUUGGCCACCAUUGCUCUGGCUGUUGGACUUGCACUCACAGGCGAUGUCAGAAGGGCUGUGAAUGCUGCUGAGGCUAACAUGAAAUCAACAUUGAGCAUCUCCUACUCUGUGUCAUCUUCCCCAACACCAUCAACCCCACCAUCUCCACCAACCACAACCUCUCCCUCAGCGUCGCUGUCCCAGACAACUCACAUUCCCAUCACUCGUACGAUCUCCAUAAAGCCAUCUCCCACCGCUUCAGGAACAGCUAUCUCUCCGUCACAUACAUACCAGAUCUCUUCCAGUGAGAGUGACCUCACCUCUACAGCACAUAUCUCCCCAACUCAUACCUCUGUUCUUUCUUCUUCAAUUGCAUCCUCUCCUGUAGCAGAGACCUCGUCUGCAGCACCGCCAACAUCAUCCAGAGUGCUUGACACCACCACACCACCAGCAUGUGGGUCUGACCAGCUCCGCUGUGACAGUGGUCAGUGUGUAGACGGCAGCUCCAGGUGCAACAGGAAGAUUGAAUGCUUUGACCAGUCUGAUGAAACCUCCUGUUCAGAAUGUCAGCAGUCAGGAGGCUACCAGUGUGCCUCAGGCCUGUGUUUGUGGGACGGCAAGCGCAGAUGCAAUGGACGCUUUGACUGUGCCGACCUUAGUGAUGAACUCAACUGUCCUCGGAGAAGCAAUUACCAUGUGUGCAAGAAUGGAAUGCAGAUUAUACAAGGGCUGGUGUGCAACGGCGUUGAUGACUGUUAUGACAACAGUGAUGAAGAGGACUGUCGGUGUCACUCAGGCCGUGUGCCCUGCCUGGAUGGCAAGUGUAUCAUGAGGGAGUGGAUGUGUGACGGCUACCCUGACUGUGUCAAUGGCACGGAUGAGGCAGGCUGCAACCAGUGUUCUGCGAGUGAGUUUGUGUGCAAGGACUACCAGUGUCUCAACUACAGUCGGGUGUGUAAUGGAGUCUUUGACUGUGCCGAUGGGGAGGAUGAACGUGAGUGCGUACAUCUACGGAACCCCAACUCAACAGUUCCAUCCGACCUCACCAUACAGAAGGAUAAGGCUAGGUACUUGGUGUGUGCUGAUGAGUGGAUGGAUGCCAACAGCAACUUCAUAUGUCAAGAGUUAGACAUGUCCUAUCAGUCUACAAGCUUCCAGGAAGUAAGAAACACCUCUUCCAAUGCCGCCUACCUUCUUCUGAAACCAGCUGCCAUGUUGAGUAGAGAUCAACCAGUCAGCUCCUUCUUCACCCAAAGGUCCGCCUGUCCAUCACUGACGACUGUAGCCCUGUCUUGUGUACAGCAAGAAUGUGGACAGCAAAAGGCCACCUACAUCACCCCUUAUGUUGUUGGUGGGAACAUACCACAGGAAGGGAAGUGGCCCUGGGUUGUCUCCCUUUCCUACCAGGGUGCAGCACAGUGCGCCGGCGCCCUCAUCAACAAGCAGUGGGUGAUCACUGCUGGACACUGUGCUUCAAGGCCAGGUCGUUUUAGUUAUGUGACGACAUUCUCAAACAUUGAAAUUCUCCUUGGUACGGUGGACAGACAAGGCGGGUCCACCCAUGCAGAGAGAGUACGUGCAGCCAACAUCAGCUACCACUACAACUUUACCGGUGCCGGGACUCUGGACUGGGAUGUCGCCCUGGUGCAGCUGGAGAGACCGGUGGAGUUCACAGACUACAUCCAGCCAAUAUGUCUGCCUUACGAGGGACAGACCUUCCCCUACCCCUCCCUGUGCUACCUGGCUGGGUGGGGACUAGUCAACAGCGUGCAAUAUUUAUCCCCUGAGAAGCUGCGAGAUGCAAAGAUGCUGGUGUGGGAUCGGGAGAGGUGUGAGGACAACACUGGCAGUAGCAACAACUCUACCCUGUGUGCCGGCUACAUUAACGGCCCGCCUGCAGGCUGUCAAGGUGACAGUGGAGGGCCGUUGAUGUGUCAGGAGGAAGCAGGAAGUGGCUGGGUGCUGGCGGGAGUGAUGAGCAGUGGGACCAGCACGUGCGAGAACUACCCCUCCUCCCAGGCCAACAGGUUUGCCCACAUCGCCAGUGUCAGGAAGUGGAUACAGUCAGUCAUAGCUGGAUCUUAGUAUAACCAUUAGGUGAUCCUAACAUUGCAAGUGUCAAGAAGUGGAUAGUCAGUCAGAGCUUGAUCUUAGUAUAACCAUUGGUUGAUCUUAACAUUGCCAUUGUCAAGAAGUGGAUAGUCAGUCAGAGCUUGAUCUUAGUAUAACCAUUGGUUGAUCUUAACAUUGCCAGUGUCAAGAAGUGGAUAGUCAGUCAGAGCUUGAUCUUAGUAUAACCAUUGGUUGAUUGACCAUUGCCAGUGUCAGGCAAUGGAUAGAUUCAGUAAUAGCUGGAUCUUAGUAUAACCAUUGGCUGACUGAACUUUAACAAAUUGCUGGUCUUAGUAAUUGCAUGACACUGAUUGCACUGAUCUUAGUAUUGGAAUACUAUUGGUUUUUGUGUUGACAUAAGCUGAUCAUAUUAUUGGCAUAUGCCUGUGAUCUUUGCCUUGGCAUAUUCCUGGUCUUAGCACUGGCAUGAGACAAAUCUAAGACCCAAAGAUCCUGCGCCGAGCUUUUCACUGAGACUAAUCUUGUCUUCGACAUGAGACUGGUAUAUGACAGUAAUCUCAAUUGGUUUAAGAAUAUUCUUGUAUUUUGGGUAUCAUAUAAAUUGGCUAAUGAUAAGUUUAUAAGUGUUAAUUAACCUUUGAUUAUUCCACAUGAAAGCAUUGUAUGAUUUCCUGGAUCUCAUGUAAAAAAUAACGUUAAUAUGACGUUAGCAGUGUUAGUCUGGGAGUGAGUGGAAAGUGAUGUAUUUCUUUACAUGCGAUAUCCAAACAAUGGUUGUGUCAUUGACGGAUCUCCUGACAUGUGUUACUGAUAUCAUUAUACAUGUAUGUUGAUGAGAUAUUUAUUAUCAAGGACAGUGUACAUAUUAUGUUAUUGCUUGUUUUUAUUUGCAGUUCUGGUUGUGCAUUUUGAUAUCUUGUGUUACAAGCCCCGGUCUUUCGUGUUACUUGUUAUUUCAUUGGUUGUGAUCUGAAUGAUAGUAUUCUACAGGGUUACCAUGGUUACCACUGGUCAAAACCCCUGGUAGAUGGAUACCCAUGAUUAUACAGAGGUGCAACAACCUAUUUGCAUUUUCUUAGCCUGUUUUACGUGAUCUUCCUUGUGUACUAUGAAGCCCUUUUGAUGUGUGCUUGGUUAUUGUUAUAGUUUUGGCAUGUGUUGAGAUUUGUAUGGGGUGGGGGGUUACGAUCCACCGAUAGCUACUGUCAAAUGUGUGUGUGUGUGGGGGGGGGGGGGGCCUCAGGUUUUACGUUCCACCGAUAGCUACUGUCAAAUGUAUGGGGUCACAGGUGGCCCAGUCACACAAAAGUUUGCUGUUCAGAAUUGCAUCCCCUACACAUACGUGAUCCUAUGAUUCUGGGUUUGAAUCCCAGAUUUUCCUUGAUUGUGAUCAUUUUUACAUAUCAUACUUGCUUGUGGGUUAGUGUUUAGUAGUAUGUUGGUCUUUUAUAUACUACACCUCUCUGUCUAAUACAGGGGAGAUGUUUGAUGUCUUCCAACCACUGGGUUGCUUAAUAAGGGGAAACGUAAAAGAUCAGGAGUUCAGGCUUGGUGACGUGGAUAAUAUCAAUCACUGGAUUAUACGGCCCUGACUUGAUUAUGUACAGGCCUCUGUUACAUAGCUUGAAUAUUCUUGAGUAUGGCAUUUAACACCAAACAAAUGCCAUGACAGUCUCAUGAAAUUCGAUCGUUUACUCUGAUACAAUACUUCACUACUUUAUGAUCUGAGAACACUUGCAUAGGAUGUCGAGUCAGGUGAACACUGAGUGACCUUUGAUGAUCCGAAUCUAAAUUAAGAAUGUGUGGGUUCUUGAACCAAUCAGAUGUCAUCUUCCUUAAAUGAUUUUGCUUCAUUUCUUUACUAAAUUUAGACUUUAACGAAAGAAAAUCCAUGCAGGACACAAGUAUUCCUUCAAUGGCACUUCCUUUUGGGUGUUGAUACCACGGAGUAUGACAAGGUGUAUAAAAUAUCCACAACAAUAUUCUGGCACAACCUUCAUUAUGAACUUUCGGAAAAGGUUAUGUCAAUCUCAUUAAAAUCAGAUCUUACUUCUCGCUAUUGCUAAACAAAGAUCUGUGGACAUCCCAUUGCAGGUCACGUCAUCCAACCAGAGAUAAUAAAAGUGACAGUCAGAAUGUGUUUCCUAAACAUGCAAACUCAAAACUGGCAGGAGUGAUGAGCAGUGGGACUAGCACGUGCGAGAACUACCCCUCCUCCCAGGCCAACAGAUUUGCCCACAUCGCCAGUGUCAGGAAGUGGAUACAGUCAGUCAUAGCUGGAUCUUAGUAUAACCAUUAGGUGAUCUUAACAUUGCCAGGGUCAAGAAGUGGAUAGUCAGUUAGAGCUUGAUCUUAGUACAACCAUUGGUUGAUCUUAACAUUGCCAGUGUCAAGAAGUGGAUAGUCAGUCAGAGCUUACUUCUCGCUAUUGCUAAACAAAGAUCUGUGGACAUCCCAUUGCAGGUCACGUCAUCCAACCAGAGAUCAUAAAAGUGACAGUCAGAAUGUGUUUCCUAAUCAUGCAAACUCAAAUUAUUUAACAGAGGGUAUUCCGAACGACAGUUACGGGUUUUAUGAUUAUAUCCAUACAAUUUAGGCCAUCUAUAAGCCAUUCCAGAAUGUUCUUUUUAUCAGUUUUAAAAUUUUUAAUCGAGAAUACGUCAAAAUAUGUUUCGAAGCGUAGUGCCAUUCUGAAACUACUGUUGUAAAGCUCGAGAUAGCUGCCUUGUUUGGCUAAUGUAGAUUUCUUGUGAGUCAUUUCAUUGAUCAGUCAAAGUUCGCGUAAGGUCGUUCUGAUAUGCCCCUUAAUGGGAUGUCCUCAGAUCUUUGUUUAGCGGUAGUGAAAACUAAGAUCUGAUUUUAAUGAGAUUGAGGUUGUGUUAGCUCAUUUUAGAUAUAUAGAAAUCAGAUAUGCCGGUCUGAAUGUUUUUCCCACUCAUACCGACAAUUUAGAAGCCACGGUGCUGAUUGGUUGAUUAGAAAGUUCCCUUGGUGCAUCCUCCGAAGGAGAUGCCUCAGAUCUUCAUGCAGAGAGGUAUUGUAUCGGAGUAAAAGUUCAGAUAUUACCGGUAAUGAGAUUGACAUAAUGAAAAAUGAAUAGGUACCUUGAUACAUUCAUCAGUUUGCCACAUCCCUACAUUCUGCAGCUGAUGGUGUGUAUUGUGCUGGUGAUGGGUGGAUGUAUGUUUCUUGUUUCAUGAUCUGCAGUUUGAUGCUGCAGAGAUGAAUUCUGUGAAUUGUUUUAUGUUUGUCAGCAGCAGCUGAUGCUCUUGUUCUCUUGAUGCAUGGUCACAUCACGUGGUCCUUCUCUUGAUGGAUGGUCACACCACGUGGUCCUUUCCUUUGAUGGAUGGUCACAUCACGUGGUCCUUCUCUUGAUGGAUGGUCACACCACGUGGUCCUUCUCUUGAUGGAUGGUCACACCACGUGGUCCUUCUCUUGAUGGAUGGUCACAUCACGUGGUCCUUCUCUUGAUGGAUGGUCACAUCACGUGGUCCUUCUCUUGAUGGAUGGUCACAUCACAUGGUCCUUCUCUUGAUGGAUGGUCACACCACGUGGUCCUUCUCUUGAUGGAUGGUCACACCACGUGGUCCUUCUCUUGCUGGAUGGUCACAUCACGUGGUCCUUCUCUUGAUGGAUGGUCACAUCACGUGGUCCUUCUCUUGAUGGAUGGUCACAUCACGUGGUCCUUUCCUUUGAUGGAUGGUCACAUCACGUGGUCCUUCUCUUGAUGGAUGGUCACAUCAUGUGGUCCUUCUCUUGAUGGAUGGUCACAUCACAUGGUCCUUCUCUUGAUGGAUGGUCACAUCACGUGGUCCUUCUCUUGAUGGAUGGUCACAUCACGUGGUCCUUUCUUUUGAUGGAUGGUCACAUCACGUGGUCCUUCUCUUGGUGGAUGGUCACAUCAUGUGGUCCUUCUCUUGAUGGAUGGUCACAUCAUGUGGUCCUUCUCUUGAUGGAUGGUCACAUCACGUGGUCCUUCUCUUGAUGGAUGGUCACACCACGUGGUCCUUCUCUGUGGUCUUUUGUCAGCAGGGAAAGUGUUCAUGUACUUGUCACUGGGAGUAAUUACAUGUGUAUCUCAGCACAGAAUAUCUUCUCAUUUAAUGCAUUAUUUUACAAAGAUUCUUGUGAUGAAAAGUGUUCAAACUCUGUUCAGCAAAAGACUGAGAAAAUGGACUCAUUUACAAAGUCAUCACUCAGGACAAAAUCGACUGAUUAUGAAAAUAUUUUGUGUAGAUAAAACAUUUUGAGUGUGAGACAGGAAGACACGGCUUUAAUUGGUGGAGGAAGUAUAAGAACUAUUUUUUAUAGUUUUCAUCAACAGCAUCCCAAUCACUGGGAUGUGGCUCAAAAAUUAUAAUUUGAAUUACAAUGAUAACUUUUGUGAUGUGUCAGUUCUUAUGUCAUAUUUCCAAGGAUGGAAAAUCAUAUCAGAAUUAUUUUGAUGUUUAUGGAUAGGUACCACAGUAGGCACAAAUGAAAUCAAGAAAAAUGUGGUUUCGUUUUGCAUUUUUUUUAAAUGUUGUGUUCAAAUGUGCGUUUCUAGAGUUAGUGAGUUAUUAUUUAAGGACAUGAUCCCAUGCAGCGGCCAGCAUUUUACAUCACAGUCAGCAAUAUUCUCAAUAUAUCACAACGACCUCAAACAAUCAAGUCAGUGCCAAGCAAAGCUGUGGUUGACAGCAUGAGCAACAAUCCACACAGUGGAUCACUGUCAGUGAGACCAACCGACCCUCAUUGUAGACAUCCCCUGUGAAGAUCUGGGUUAGAAUUAGUCUUCAGCAACCCAGGCUUGUUGUAAAAGGUGACUAACUUGAUUGGGUGGUCAGGCCCACCAACUUUGUUGAUGCAUGUCAUCGUAUCCCAUUUGUGUAGAUCGAUGCACAUGCUGUCAAUCACUGGAGUAUUUGAUCCAGACUUGAUUAUUUACCGACUGUCAUCAUAUGGCUAGAAUAUUGGAUUGCAGCUUUAAACAACAAACAAACAAGGCAUGUGAUUGGCCACUGCCAGUUAUUGGAUUGCUGAUCAGGAAUCUGGUAACGUCCUAUUUCCAGAGUUUUAAAUAGUAUAUCAAAGAAUAGUGUACUUAGCAGCUUGGUCAUGAUUGCCAAAAAUCCCAGACAAUGCGUGGGAUACGUUUUCAAAGUCUUCCAUCCCUAGCCUGCAUGAGCCUCACGUAAUUGUGUUGGUGUUUAUGUUACACCUCUAGUUGAAGUUGGGAAUCACUUCAAUAUCCAGGAGUCAUUGCUUUGAAGCAAAGGACUAGACAUCUACUGAAGCAAAGAAAGAUGAUUGGAGUCUGUCUCACAUACAUGUAUAGGGGCGGUGGUGUAGCCUAGUGGUUAAAGCGUUCGCUCGUUCUGCCGAAGACCUGGGAUUGAUUCCCGACAUGGGUACAAUGUGUGAAGCCCAUUUCUGGUGUCCCCCGUCAGGAUAUUGCUGGAAUAUUGCUAAAAGCAGCGUAAAGCACUCAGUCACUCGCAUACAUGUAUAUUCAGUGAGUGAGUGAGUUGGCUUUAACGGUAUUCCAGUUAUAUCACGGUGAGUCAGCUUAAUGAGGGAGGAAAGCCCAAAGUGAUGCAGUUCUAAAACGAGCACGGGUAUAGUGCUGACAAAACUAGAAACAUAAUGUAUAUUGCAAGAACAAUACUAAUGUUAACAUGGUUAAGAAAUUGUGAUCGAUUAAACAAAUUGAUCCUGAAUUCUGCUGACUGGAUAUUGAUCAUAUUGAUUAAACCUAUGACUGCUGUGUCAAUGUAAUGAGUGUCCUUGAGUUAAGUGCAAAAUCACUGCCACUGGCUGGAAACUGGCCAGUAAUGGUGGAACAUCUCACCAAGCCCAGCCAGCAUGAUCCUCAUGUAGAUGGUCCUCAUCGGCACAAUACAAAGUUAUCGGGGGAAACAUUCAGACAUUGUGAAACAGCAAUAUUGAACUGCUGUAAAGUUAUUUGCAGAAUAGAUCUGAUUCAUAGAAAGACAUGUGGGUCAGACCAUUUCAUAUUUCUGGGGAAGGGAUUUUUGUUAGGUAUUUUUUCGGUCACUUGUUCCAAAUGUACAAUUCAUCACUUGGUCAGUGUCUUAUGUUUCAUGCAUUGAUCACUGGAAGUGUGUUGAUUUAUGGUCUGAUGAUGUAUCAGGCAGUUCAGUUCCUUUAUCUAUGACUGUCCCCAAUAACCAUGUCAUUUCUGUCUCCUUGACAUUGGUGACUUGAAAGGAAAGGAAAAUGCCCUUUUCAUUGUGUAGCACAGGUAGUCAUGUUGUUUUGUUGUAAAUCUAAUAGUAUUUUACUCUGAAUUUGGAGAUAAACAUCCUGUGAUUUCAAUGUAGAGCUUAAAUUUAAUCCUUAAAAUUGAGUUUGGAAACGAAAUGGCAAUGACUAAAAAAGUGGUACUAUUCUAUAAAUAUUUCCUUCUACGGUGAUGAGGAUGUUGAAUCAGAUGUUUUAUUGAGAGGGGAUUUAUUGUGAUUUAAUAACGUCUGAUUGACCAAUCAUGUAAUUUCCAAAUUCAUGGUAGAAUGACUGUUUUUCCUCUGUGAAUUAGACAUUAGUUUUAAGCAAUCGAUGUAAAUCGUGUCUGUGAACUUGACAUCCAGCACAUGACUGUUUAGCCUCUGUCAACAUUCUGUGAUGUCAUUCUAGUGUUUUCACCUUACCCUUGCACUAGACCCCAUUCCAUUCCAGUCAAGUCCUUAUCAUGGUAUCAGGCCUGAUCCUAUCUCCUGGGUCUUUCUACAUUGAUCCUGUGGAUUUACAUUACCAAUGCCACAUGCUGACUUUCAUUGUCUUAUUGAACACUGUUAUCCUUAUAUCUUACCUGUGGCCUCCUUGUUUAUUUUGUUCUGCAUGUUCAACCAAGUGAAGUGGUAUAGCCCAGUGGUAAAGGUGUUGGUUCAUCAGAAUGAACACCUGGGUUCAGUUCCACAUAUCUGAAAGGUGUGUGAAGCCCUUAUAAAAAAUCCCCCAAAUUGGCGUAAAGUCACUUCCAUCCAAGCCAAUGUUGUCUGUACUCACAGAGUGAUAUAGUUGUCUGAACAGACAGUGUGUGGUGUCUGUAUCAACCUUCAAUCUCCAGACAAUACACAACUCUGGGAAGGGAGGUUCUUUCAUAAAAUUUGUUCAUUAAAUAAUUUUACAGAAUUUUUAUGCAAGUCAUGUGAAAAAAGAUGAGUAACUUCACAGAUAAAUUAUGAAUGUUAUUUUUGUGCUAUUUAUGACAACCUGGGCGAAUCUUUCCAAACUGUUUUAAAAAUUCUGCCUUGAGAACUUUGAGUCCUCACUUUUUGGAAUGUUGUUUGCAGAUAUUGAUUUGAAAUUCAUUGGAGGUUCUGUCAAGCAUAUUUCUAGCCUUCAUGAAUGUGACAAUGUCCAAUCUGGUCUGUCUCUAUGUUUAUUACCUACACAUAUUUCCAGGUGCUGCUGCGCAACAUUGAUAAGUGCUUCUUAAUGCUUCUCUUAAGGAAGAAGUCUAUGCCUUGUUUUUUAUGAUUAUUUAUUGACACUAAUAAACUCUUUUUAUGAUCUAA